UUAUAGCUGGAAAACGUUUCGAAAGGCGCUUUUGUCCCGACACAAAUGAUAAUCGCUCUUCAGUUGCGAGGUGUCGCAGUAUAAAUAUUCGCGAAACCAAGCGUUCGCAAGUUGUUUCUGCGGCGCACACGUUCCUACCACACGCGAGGGCUAUAUACAAGCGUCUACAAAGAAUUGCACGUUGCACGUGACCUUACGCGAAAACUGAAGUUGCGAAGAUAGAUCGAUCUCGCGGAAGCAACCUCACAGAGACACCAGCAUUAUUCAGUAAUUAGCGAAUCACGAUGAUAGUUAUACCGAUGAUACCGUUUUUCUUAGGCUAUCUUGCACGGAAUACAAACACCCCUGGGAUCUCGUACAUAUUCCACGUGCGGAUAGAAACGUUAUUAUUAGGAUACUCAGGAACAGCUAUUAAUGGAAGCAACGCCGGCCUGCAAUUCAAUCUGAAGUGUGAACCGUAUAUGGAUCAAAAUUUAAUAUGUCACAUCCCGAAGAUCAUUUUUUAUUCACCUAGAACUGACUCUGCACACAUAAUAGACAAACUCAGCAACACAUCUUGCAUAAUGAACUUCCAACCGUACGGAGUAACGAAUUAUCACGUAUUCUCGGAAAAUAUGGAAAACAAGGAAACUGUGUUGGAAGUAUUCCGGUUUAUCGGGCAUCAGCUGAGCGUCGGUGUUGACCUCAACAAUUGGGGCUACGAAUUCAGCACGAUAGAGGACACCGUUAUCGGCACAUGCGCGACAAUUUACAAAAUAACUCGAAAUAAGGCUUUCAAUUAUAUAAGUUAUUCUGAGCUGGUCUCCUUAAUUGCAAAGGAAAGAUACAUUAUAAAGGAGAACGAAUUCCUCCUUAUUAAUAAACUAAGACGUGUGGAAUAUUGCACACCGAAGGACAAUUCUAUCCUCGGAAGGAUCUUAUGGCCCAACCUCAUAACAUCGAAUAUCAUCGCGAAGCCGCAAAGCUCGGAGUCUCAAAUGACAUAUACUUCACACGAUUUCUACACCAAGACUAUAAAUGAAUUUCAUCUCUAUAGUGAGCAACAUAGGAUAGUUGGCUCUGUCCAGGAAACGAUUAAUCUUAAAUUGGGAUGGAUAGAAAACUGAAAAACGCGACACGAAUAUCGCAUCUAUUCGUUCAAUGAAACGCUGAAGAUUACACUCAAUGACCUCAAUUUGGUAACGGGCAAAAUUACACGGAGGAUGUAUUUUUAAUUCGUUUUUAAAAUAUUGUUGACAUGCAGUAUUAAACUGCAUAAACUGUUACUAACUACGAAAACACGAUAUAUAUUUCUUACUCUUUUAUGUCCUUCGGUACUUAUUGCUGGUAUAGAUAACAAUAUACAGCCUUUGUUAUGUUGUUAUUUUUUCUAUAAUAAAAUUUAUAAUUUUGCCGCCCGAUAA